AAACUUCUGCAUUAGGGAAAACUAAGCUUCUUUCUUCCUUCUUCACAGAAACUAGAGGGAAAAAAAGGAAGAAGAGGGUGAUCAUGAUCUGGGGUUUAUUUUAGCCACCAAGAUCAUGAUUCAUCUCAUUUCAUUCUUUGCCUUUUGAUCAUCAAUCUUUGUCUUGAAUACUGUUAGGGGUAUUUUUAUUAGAAAAAAAAAAUUAAGGCAAAAAAAAAAAAGAAAUGGCUUCGCGAUCUUUCAAAUGCUUGGUUGAACAAAAGCUUGGGAGAGUUGGGGUUUUCUGUGUAUAUGCUGUUCUUGAAUGGGUGAUGAUCCUUCUUCUUUUCAUUGAUGGUUUUCUUGCACUUUUCACCAAUGAAUUCGCGAAGUUUUUUGAAUUGAAAGUCCCCUGUUUGCUCUGCACAAGGAUCGAUCAUAUUUUCAUAAAGAGGAACUCUAGUUUCUAUUACAACGAGUCCAUUUGUGAGGGUCACAAGAAAGACAUCUCUUCCCUCGCGUAUUGUCAUGUCCACAAGAAGCUUUCUGAUAUAAGAAACAUGUGUGAAGGGUGUCUUCUCUCUUUUGCAACAGAGAAAGAAGCAGAUUGUGAUAAGUACAAGUCAUUAGUUGGGAUUUUGCACAAGGACAUUGAUUGCUUUGUGGAUGAUGAUGAUAAGAGAAUGUCGAUAAAAUCAGUUAAGAAUGAAGAAGAGGUUAUCAAAACUGCAAGUGCUGUGGUUCGGAACUGUUCUUGCUGUGGGGAACCUCAGAAAUUGAGGACUAAAUAUGCCAGGAACUCAUCCAUAAAUGGAAAUCACUAUACUCAAGCUCCUGCCUCAUCUCCUCGAUCUCCAUUAACGUGGAAAAAUGAGGAAUCGGGCAAUAUGGAAUUGCCUCAUAUCCAGUAUACAAAGCUCAAGUUUUCCUCAGAUAAUGAGUCGAUUCUACCAGAUGAUGAGGGACACCAGAAUGCAGCAGGUAGAGAGGAUAUUAAAGCUGCUACUGCCCCGCUGCUACCAGAUCCCGAGGACAUUCAUGACGAAUCUAGCAAAACCCCAGUUUCUGCAAGAAACAAGUUCUUUGGGAUCCCAUUGACAGACUCCGCUCAAGCUAGUCCAAAGUGGCCUAAUAAGCCCAGAAAAUUGGGUGGUGAUAAGAGUGAAUUCAUCUCAGAUGCUAAUGACGCGAGUGCAGUAAACGACGCAGAUGAUGACAUUGUGCAUAGCUUGAAGAGGCAGGUUCGUCUGGACAGAAAGUCUCUUAUGGAAUUAUACAUGGAAUUGGAUGAAGAAAGAAGUGCCUCUGCUGUGGCAGCUAACAAUGCCAUGGCCAUGAUCACACGUUUGCAAGCAGAGAAGGCAGCUGUACAAAUGGAAGCCUUACAGUAUCAGAGAAUGAUGGAAGAGCAGGCAGAAUAUGACCAAGAGGCCUUGCAAGUCAUGAAAGACUUAGUUUUGAAGAGAGAGGAAGAGAUAAAGGUCUUGGAGGCUGAAAUCGAUACCUACAGGGAGAGAUAUGGAAUUAUCAAGAAAGUUGGUAGUGAGGUUUGUGAAGUUGAUGCAGAUGAUGAUUAUCAAGAGUUGAGAUCUCAGUCUGCAUCAUCCUUCGAUGGAAGAUCCGACUGUAGCAGUCCUCGUCAGGUAGAUCAUAAUGGAGUAAAUGAAUUCCAUAUUGGACUUCCUGGGGAAUAUAGAGAUGAAAAUAUCGAUGAAUCAAACCUUGAUUUUGAGAACGAGAGAUCUUAUCUACAGGGUUUGUUAACAAACCUUGAAAAGCAGAUCAAAAUACCUCCUGAUGUUGACUCUCAUGUGCUAGAAUCAAAUGUGAUUCAAGACAAAGGAAAUGACAAUAAGGUUAUACUUACAAGAGAAGUUUCUCUACUUAGAGAGAGAUUGAGAGCUGUUGAAGCAGAAAGUGGCUUCUUGAAACACGCCGCCAUGACAUUACAGAGGGGUGGAGACGGAACCAAACUCUUGACUGAGAUAGCUCAACAUCUGCGGGAGCUUAGACACACAAAUACAGCAACAGAAGUUGCAGAUGCAUGACUUUUGUCCAAAAAGUUCCCUUAUCACUGGAAGCUUAAUGCUCCUAGAAGUCUGCAGAACAUUGCUGACAACUUUUUGUGGUCGCGCUCUUAAGGGCCUGGUUUACCAAGAUGCUGCUACAACUACCUUGAAUAUUUCAUAGUUCUCUUUUUUCUUUUCCUCUCUCCUGUUCUCACAUUUAGGAUGUACAGUUUAAGAAGGAGCCCUGAAGGCUUCAGCUUUGGCAUUUCCUCAGAGCUUUACUUCUCAUUACCUAGAGGGGCUUGAGGUUCUUCAGGUGAAAUUGGCUUGGAACCAGAAAACUUUGAAAUAAUCCAGCAAAAGGCAUUAUGGAUUCACAGGAAGACUCUAAAUGAGAAACGAACAACUAGUUUUGUCUAAUGUAAAUGCAUAUAGAUGGUUAUAUAUUUGUAAGAUAUUCACCUCCCUUGACCAUCUAUUUUAGACUUGUUGUUUCAUCAGAUGCUACGACAGGAAUUUCACUGACAGCAGUUGUACUUGUACACACAUGCUUGUUUAGCAGAUAACGUAACUUAGUCAUUCAUUAAACGAUCACAGUGGAAGGUGUGAGUGAGCAUAUAAUGAUUCUAAUCCUCUCAUGCAUUACUUA